AUGGAGUCCGGGCCCUGCUCGCCUAAGUUUGGCGGCGGGGAACGGGAUGCAGAUGCGCGCGAGCGGCCGCGACCAGCCACAAGUCAGGAGCAAAGGCCUCAGAAGGGCGGCGACGUCGUCGACAUUUGCAACGGACGGCGUGGCUACGCCGUUGAUCUCACCCAGUCACACUGCAAAGUGCGAUUCUUGCGUCGGCAAGCCUGGAGUAAGCAUUCCGAAGAUGGCGAUGGCAGCAAAGACGUGGCGGAGUCUCCUCAGAUUCUGCCCCUGGAACACAUCAGGCCAUGGACACCUCAGUGGGAUGAGACCUUGUUUUCCUGCGGUACACGGGCCUGCCUGGAACCGCAUGCAGAGCCCAAGUCACGGCUCUCUCCGGUGCCCCUGCGAACUUCGGCUAACGCUCCGAGCAAGCUGUACCGUGCACCGCUGCUGUCAGUCAAAAUGAGAAAGCAGGUCUUUCGAGAGGAACGCGAAACCGUGCGAGGCUUCCGAAGGACGGCAGAGACUGUUUGUGGCUCCAUUGCCGCUGCAUGGCGGCUUGUGUUGGACAAGAAGCGGGCUGGACGUAUCAAGUUUACUGAUCUUGUGCGUGGCGGACGCCAGAUGGGAUUUUUAGGGAAUUACCGACACCUUUGGCAAGAGCUGACAAUGCACAGGUCGUUCCACAGUCACUGGAUAGGACUAGGAGAUAUAGAUCCUCAGGCAGCAAAGCUCCUGCAAGAGUUCUGUGACGUGUUUGAGCGUCGCGAGCUCACUCUGGAGGAUCUUUGGGAGAAACAUCUGAAAGGAGAGGGAGAUCAGAGAUGUUCGCACAGAGAGUUCAUGACCGCAAUGGAAAAGUUGGGCUUUUCCAAAAAGAAAAGCCAAGCAUUCUUUCAGUUGCUUGAUUAUGGCAACCAAAACGACUUAUCCAUCGACGAACUGGAGCUCUUGGACCUGCAGCACCGAAGUUCGAGUGUACAUCCCGCUAUGCCGAACGUCCGAGAGCGUGGUAGGGAGCAGGAUGCUGCUGCGAAGAAGGAGGCGCUGGGGGACUUCUAUGCUUUCCUCUCCCGAAAGUUUCGCACACUUGUGGCGGCCUGGCGUCAAGGCUUGGAUGCCGAUGCUGAUGGACGCCUAAGAUUUCCUGAGUUCUGCAACGCCUGCAAGAGGCUAGGGUACAGGGGCAGGCUGAAGACCGUGUGGAGAGCAUUGGACACCAACAACGUCGGAUACCUGACACUUGGUCACAUAGAUCGGGUUGCCGAGGAGGGUUUGGAUGACUUCCGCUCUUUCCUCGAGGAUAACUUCCGCACGCUGGACGAUGCGUGGGAGAGAGUUUUCGACAGUGACAAGUCUGGGCGAUGUAAUGAGAGCCACUUCGUGGAUUCUUGCAAGAAGCUGAGAUAUCCCGGCAACGCGCCCCGCGUCUUCAAGUGGCUGGUUGCAGGAAGACUUGAGAACUCGGAUGUCGGUGGUGUUAGGCGGGAUUUGUACAUAGACGACUUUGACAUUUUGGGACUGCGUCGGCGUUCAGAAACUCUGAACCCCACAGCCGAGCAGCGUGUCCUGGAGCGCCAAGCGAAGGAUCGGGCCGAAGCAGAGGCAAUGCUUGGCAGGUUUAAGCUUUUCUUGAACCAGAGAUUUGGCAACUUGGUGAGGGCAUGGCGACAAAGUCUGGACUUGAAUAGAAGCGGCACGGUUCAUUUUACAGAUUUCUGCCAAGCUUGCCGCCAGAUGGGCUUUCAAGGCAACCUGAAAGCCUUGUGGCUCUCCUUGGAUUCCGCCGACAAGGGGGAAGUUUGCCUGGACGACCUGGACCCCGAUGCGGUGACCUGCCUGUUGGAUUUCACUCGCCUCCUUCGGAUCUUCUUCGACGACUUGGACUCGAGCUGGUUCGCAGUCCUGGACCCCGAGUCAUCGGGACGGUGCACGAUGGAUGAGUUCGAGCGGGCCUGCAAGGUUCUGGGCUACAUCCGUGAUGCAAAGCAACUCCAACGGUUCCUUGACAUCUGCAACAAUGGGGUCAUCACUAUUGAUGAGCUCGAGGUGCUUGGCCUUCCCAGGGGAUCCGUGGAGGAGGCGGGGAGCCAGGGGCGCCAAGGGCUCUGUGCAGGGCCACUGGAGCAGCAAUGGACCGAAGAAAUGAAUGUGGAGGAGUUCUGCAACCGUUGUCGUAAGCUCGGUUUCCAGGCACCUUUCAUCCUUGUGAUGCUGCUUCCAAUGACAAGCCGCCUGGAAGCCAGGGAAAUCUCCUUGCGUUGUGGGCGCAAGUGCACGGAGCAGGCCCAGGCCAAGCCCGGCUUUGUGCAAGGGCUUUCAGUCAGUUCAUCGAGGGAGCUCAAGUGCAAAUUGCAAGCUGUUCCGACGGAGAAGCCAUCCAGAACGACACUCUUCACGAAAGCUGGGGCGGACGGAGUGUCGCUGGGCGACUGCCCCUUCUCGCACUCAGUUCAGAUGGCACUGAAGAUGAAGGGCGUUGACUACGAUGUGGUUCCUUGUACAGAGGCAACCAAGCCUGCUUGGCUAGUGAGCGAAGUAGACGGCCAGAUGCCGUGCGUCGUCCACGAGGGUGUGCCUCAUGUGGACACCAAGCAGAUUCUGGGAUGGAUCGAGAAUCAGUUCCCAGGACCUUCCCUCGCAGUACCCGAAGAGUACGUGAGUGUGGUAGACAGGUCGCAGAUCUUUCCCGAGAUUGCAGCCUAUACAAAGAACACGGACAGCAGCAAGGAUGAUGAGCUCAAGCUCAACCUGCAGAUGGCCUUGACGCGACUGCGGACCCACUUGUUCUCUCUCCCUGUGGACACGAGGUUUCUGGCCGGAGAUACACCUUCUCUGUUGGACUGUGAUCUCCUGCCCAAGCUCUACGUACUUCAGAACGCAACGAAGCACUUCAAGGGCUACAGCCUGGAUGACCUGAUGGUGACAGAUGACGUCCGGAUGUACUACGAGAGAGCAUCCGCACUGCCGCCCUUCGUCGACAGCAUCAUCAGGCACUUGGUCUACAUCUUUCAAUUCUUUGAAGCAUUUUCCGAUGUUCGCGCAUGCGCACCAGUUGAUGCUGAUGGGUCGCAAGAGAGCUGGUAUGCGCACCUCCACUGCAGAGAGGCCUUGUUGAGUGCCGGAAAGGGUCGCGUUCACCCGGCGGCUUGGCUCAGGCGGAUCCGCCUGGCGGCAUCUGAUGGCGGCACCGUGCAGACCUCGACUCUGAACCUAUUCGAGAAGCCCGUUCGUGACGGGGGCGAGACACAGGUCAAGUUGCUGGGGCGCAUUUCGCUCCUCGACUUCCUACCUGCGCUGCACAAAGAGCUUCUCCAAUUCCGGAAGAAGGCAAUGGCAAAGUUCCAUUCUGCAGAAGACCUAUGGGCAGUUCUCUUGCAGGAGUCGCUGAAAUCAGGUGAUUCCCGGCUGAGGAAGGUCGAAUUUGCUCAAGCUGCCCGACGCGCGAUUGGGCAGCUUGGCAAUGCCUGGAAAGGGUCAGCGUUGGCAUAG